AUGCUGCAACCAGGCUUCUGGGUUUACAGGAGUUCAAAGCUGCCGGGAUCUCACCAGGCUUGCAGCUCUAUUAAAGAGCUGGAUGUGUUCGACAGAGCACGUGAGAUUAAAGUGGAUCCCGACAAACCUCUAGAAGGUGUUCGGCUAGCGGCGCUGCAGGCAAGGAAGACUUUGUUGGUUCCCACACCACGUCUGAGAACCGGGCUGUUCAAUAAGAUUGUUCCACCUUCAGGUGCAACUAAGGAGAUCCUGCGGAUAUGUGCUACAUCUCAAGGUGUAAAAGAAUACAGUGUGCCUGUAGGUCUUGAUGGGAAAGCACGAGUGGACUUGGUUGUUGUAGGAUCAGUGGCUGUCUCUGAAAAAGGCUGGAGAAUUGGAAAAGGAGAAGGUUACGCAGACAUGGAAUAUGCAAUGAUGGUGUCAAUGGGUGCAGUGCAGGAGGAUACACCUGUAAUUACUAUUGUGCAUGACUGUCAGGUGAUUGACAUAGCAGAAGAACUUCUUGAUGAUCAUGAUUUAACUGUGGAUUAUAUACUCACUCCAACAAGAACUAUCAAGACUAACUGCAAACGACCGAAACCUCAGGGAAUAAUAUGGCAUAAGGUCAGCUAUGAGAUGCUGGGAAAAAUCCCCAUCCUAAAGGUUCUUCGAUACAGAGAGAAGCAGACUGGCAAGGAUGUUACCCUCCAGGAUGAGCAUUCAGACUUGGCAAGUGCCAACACACCAGCAGCGUUAAAUGAGAAGGCGAUGGCUGAAAAUACAAGACCGCAGGCUGCUAUGGGAUCGGCUCAAAUAGGACAACAUUAUGUUGAAAGUGAUUCUUUAAGUCCCAGAUUAGAGGGAUCUGGCAUGAUUACUACUGUGUAUGUGGGGAACAUACCUCCCAGCGUAAGAGUGAGCGAGCUGAAAUGUGCUUUGAGGGAAUUCCACGCAACUCCUUUACGACUGAAUUGGCAAGGAGCACAGCACAGGGCUUUUCUCGAUUACAAGGAUAAAGCAACCGCAGAGAGUGCUGUAUCCUCUUUGAAAGGCUUGAGCCUCAGGGGUAAUACUUUGCGAGUGGAGCUGGCCAGGAAUCAGAGAAACAAAGGGCAAGCAGAAAUCAAUAGUCAGAAAUGAACAGAAGAAAAAUAUAGGCAUUUUUUCAUUGUUUUGUGAGAAGUCAACAUAAGUUUUCAAAGAUACUUGUAUAUCCUCUUAUUUCUGCAGGCUAAACAACAAAGUGCAAAGCCAGCUUUUCAAACAAAUGAGGCAUACGUCUCGCAGCU